CCUCCUUCUCAUCAUCGCACACUGUCUUGCUGGCUCCUGCCCCUCGCCCAGCGCCCAGCACUGCGGUAGAGACAGAGAGAGACAGCGAGACAGACGCCCAAGCCACGCUGCUGGGCGCCCUUGGACAGAAGGUAUUUAUGUUAACGGCAAGCCAUUACGAACAGCAAGCCAUUACAAACAUCUUGAUCACAUUGCAUAAAGGGACUCCGUUGACAUUUUGUCAAACAUUUUUGACUUGGCAAAAAACAGAUACCGACUGAGGCUGGAUAGCCUGUCUGAAGUGAGGCUGAUCUGGCUUUUAUCAUUUCCCCAUUGCAAAUGCCUAAGAACAGCAAGGUGGUAAAAAGAGAAAUAGAUGAUGAUGUCAUCGAGUCAGUUAAGGAUCUCCUGUCAAAUGAAGACUCUGUCGAAGAUGCCUUCAAGAAAAGCGAGUUGUCUGUUAAUGAUUCAGAGGACAAAGAAGUAGAUGUGGAAGAAGGAUCGGAUGUAGAAGAUGAGAGACCAGCAUGGAAUAGCAAACUUCAGUAUAUUCUGGCCCAAGUUGGAUUUUCUGUAGGUCUUGGGAAUGUAUGGCGAUUCCCAUACCUGUGUCAAAAAAAUGGAGGAGGUGCCUACCUUGUACCAUAUUUAAUUCUGCUGCUGGUCAUAGGGAUCCCGCUUUUUUUUCUGGAGCUUUCAGUGGGUCAGAGAAUCCGUCGUGGAAGUAUUGGAGUAUGGAAUUAUAUCAGUCCCAAACUUGGUGGAAUCGGAUUUGCAAGCUGUAUAGUGUGCUUUUUUGUGGCCCUCUACUACAAUGUCAUCAUUGGAUGGAGUUUGUUUUACUUUUCUCAGUCCUUUCAGCACCCACUGCCAUGGGACCAAUGUCCUUUGGUGAAAAAUUCUUCUCAUACCUUUGUGGAGCCAGAAUGUGAAAAAAGCUCAGCUACAACCUAUUACUGGUACAGAGAAGCACUCAAUAUUUCCAGCUCCAUCUCGGAGAGUGGAGGUCUGAACUGGAAAAUGACUGUGUGCUUGCUGGCUGCUUGGGUUAUGGUGUGUCUAGCAAUGAUUAAAGGCAUCCAGUCUUCAGGCAAAAUAAUGUAUUUUAGCUCUCUUUUCCCUUAUGUGGUACUUAUAUGCUUUCUAAUCCGAGGGCUGCUCUUAAAUGGUUCAUUGGAUGGCAUUCGUCAUAUGUUUACCCCUAAGCUUGAAAUAAUGCUGGAGCCCAAGGUCUGGAGAGAAGCUGCUACUCAGGUGUUCUUUGCCUUAGGGCUUGGAUUUGGUGGAGUCAUUGCCUUUUCAAGCUACAACAAGAGAGACAACAACUGCCAUUUCGAUGCGGUUCUGGUGUCCUUCAUCAAUUUUUUCACUUCUGUGCUGGCAACUUUGGUGGUGUUUGCUGUUCUGGGCUUCAAAGCAAAUGUCAUAAAUGAGAAAUGCAUUAUCCAAAAUUCUGAAAGGAUUGUUAACCUUCUGCAUAUGGGAAAUCUUAGCAGAGAUGUCAUUCCUGCUCAUGUUAAUUUCUCAAGCAUUUCAGCAGAAGAUUAUAAUCUGGUUUAUGAUAUCAUCCAGAAAAUAAAAGAAGAAGAAUUUCCUCUUGGACUGAAACCCUGCCUGAUUGAAGAUGAACUAGACAAGGCUGUUCAAGGAACUGGUUUGGCUUUCAUUGCCUUUACAGAAGCCAUGACACACUUCCCUGCUUCUCCCUUCUGGUCAGUGAUGUUCUUUCUCAUGCUGGUAAAUUUAGGGCUUGGCAGCAUGUUUGGAACCAUUGAAGGGAUCACUACCCCUAUAGUUGAUACCUUCAAAGUAAGAAAAGAAAUACUGACUGUUACAUGCUGUCUUCUUGCAUUUUGCAUUGGCCUAAUAUUUGUGCAGCGGUCUGGUAAUUACUUUGUAACUAUGUUUGAUGACUACUCAGCCACAUUACCUCUGCUUAUUGUGGUCAUUUUGGAGAACAUUGCCAUGUCUUACAUUUAUGGGAUAGACAAGUUUAUGGAAGACCUAAAAGAUAUGCUUGGCUUUUCUCCAAACCCAUACUAUUACUAUACCUGGAAAUAUGUUUCCCCUGUUGUUUUAUUAUCUUUGCUGGUAGCUAGCAUUGUCCAAAUGGUAUUAAGCCCUCCUGGUUACAAUGCAUGGAUUGAAGAGAAGGCAACUGAAGAAUUCCAGAACUACCCAACUUGGGGGCUAAUUGUCUGUAUCUCUCUCAUUAUUUUGGCUAUGCUUCCUGUCCCAGUAGUUUAUGUGAUCCGCUGCUGCAAUCUCAUUGAUGAUAGUUCUGGUAGUUUGGCAGCUGUUUCCUACAAAAGAGGACGGAUUAUCAAGGAGCCCGUGAAUCUUGAGGGAGAUGAUACCAGUCUGAUCAAUGGGAAGAGUCCAAGUGAGGUGCCAUCUCCAAAUUUUGGCAAAAAGAUAUACCGAAAACAGACUAACUCUCCAACAGUGGAUACUGCUCCCAAUGGUCGCUAUGGUAUUGGUUACAUAAUGGCAAAUAUGUCAGAUAUGCCUGAGUCUGACUUGUAGCUACAAAAGUAGGGUUGAUGCCUUUGUUGUUAUUCUGCACCACUGAACAUUUGUUCUCUUUAAGAGAAGUGGUCCACUUCCCUUACUAGAGCGCAAUCUCAGGUGCCCAAUGGCUGUGUCCUUUUAAAAAGAUCAUGACAUACGGUACAAAGAGCUUGAAAAUCCCUUUUUGGCUCACUUCUCUGGUUUCCCUUUGUACUGAAGGGGAUGCACAUAGAUAUUAAUUGGUAAUGGCCUCGCUUUGUCAGGUUUGCCAGAUUUUUUAAAAAUUAUUUUUGCAUUUAAUUUGAAAGUUUUUCUAUCUUUAAAGUACAGGUGUUACCUCAGUUUGUAGCAAUUUUUUAAGUGAAUUCAUAUUUCUCUACUGCUGUAACUGGAAUUUCCUUCUUUGUUCCUGCUGGUUAAAUUCCCCCUUAUUGGAAAACAAAAAUGAGUUCCAAAGAGUUUGCCAAGCCUGUUUUGACUGCACUUAUUUGUACAUAACAUUUUGUAGAUACUCUCGUACUUUUUUAAAGCAACCACAAUUCCUUAGGCUACUAGCUGAAUUUAAAAAGAAAAAAAAGGAGAGAAAGCAGCAAACCAACAUAUUAAAAACCCUGCAGAUUAUUUUCUUACAUGUAAUAGCUGUAUAGAGCAAUAGUAUUAGUAAAUCAAGUAUGAUUAUGCUGGAAACAAAAGAAAUCCUCAAACCUUGGGGAACUGCAUAUGACGUGGCUGUACUAUAUUUGGUUUUUUCAGUGUGAAAAUUAUGUCAGAGCGAGUCACUUCAAGACUCUUAAUGAUUGUGCAGAUUCUGCAUUUUUCUAAGCUGUGUGCCUAAAAACAAACAAACACAAAACCCCUCCUAAUAUUUAUUGUGGUUACAAGAUUAUAUAUAUUAUAUUUAUAUAUAAUAUACUUGUAAUGUACAUAUGUAUAGUAAUAUUGUAUGUAACAGCUUCAAGCCUUGAAGCCAGAUGACUUUAAAAAUUGUUUCUGUUUUGCUUCUGUUUUAUGCAAAGAAGAUUGUUUUCCCCCUCAGUCAGUGAUAAUUAAGAACUGUAUGCCAUUACAUUUAAUCUAGGAAUAAAGAGAGUGGAAAGUUGUUUA